UUGAUGUACGACAGAUCCCACGCUGAUUAUGGUUUGGUAUUUCAUUACAUUACACUUUACUCUUCUAAUUUCUUGUUUAUACAAAGUUUGAUUCCACUUACAGUUCGAAUACGCUUACCAUUAUCACUCUAAACUUUGUUCCAAUGGCGACUCCAAGAUUCGGAUAUGAUGUGUUCCUCAGCUUCAAAGGGGAAGACACGCGUUAUGGUUUUACCGGCAAUCUCUACAAAGCUCUCUGUAACAGAGGAAUUCACACUUUCAUCGAUGAUGAGGAGCUUCAGAGCGGGGAGAAAAUCACACCAGCACUUCAAAAAUCAAUUGAAGAAUCUAGGAUUGCCAUAGUUGUGCUCUCUCAAAACUAUGCUUCUUCCUCCUUCUGCUUGGAUGAACUCGCAACCAUCCUUCACUGCCACACCCAAGGAUUGUUGGUUUUACCGGUCUUCUAUAAGGUUCAACCUUCUGAUGUCAGACACCAGAAAGGUAGUUAUGGAGAAGAAUUAACUAAGCAUCAGAGAAGGUUCAAAGAUAAGGAAAAGUUGCAGAAAUGGAAGAUGGCUCUGCGUCAAGUAGCUGAUUUGUCUGGCUAUCAUUUCGAAGACUGUGAUGGAUACGAAUACAAGUUUAUUGAGAGUGUUGUGGACCGGGUCUGCCACAAGAUUAAUCCUGCUCGUUUACAUGUUGCGGAUUACCCUGUUGGACUAGGGCCACAAGUGCUAGAAGUAAGAAAGCUUCUAAACGUUGAAUGUGGUGAUGGAUUCCACAUGAUAGGGAUCCAUGGAAUGGGUGGCGUAGGAAAAACAACCCUCGCUUUAGCACUUUAUAAUUUGAUUGCUGACUGUUUUGAUGGUUCUUGUUUUCUUCAAAACGUGACAGAAAAAUCAAACAAACAUGGGCUGGAACACCUCCAAAACAUCCUUCUUUCAAAAAUACUUGGUGAUAAGGACAUCAACAUAGCAAGUGAACAUGAAGGAAUUUCAAUGAUACAACAAAGGUUGCAGCGAAAAAAGGUUCUCUUGAUUCUUGAUAAUGUUGACAAGUGCGAGCAGCUACAGACACUGGCUGGAAGCCCUGAUUGGUUUGGUCCCGGCAGCAGGGUCAUCAUCACAACUCGAGAUACACAUCUGCUUGCAUCUCAUCAGGUCAAAACAACAUAUGAGGUCAAGACAUUGAAUAAAGAUGAUGCUCUUCAGUUACUUAAAUGGAAAGCUUUCAAAACGAAACAUGUUGAUCCUCGUUACGUGGAGGUCUUAAAUGAUGUGGAAAUUUAUGCUUCUGGCCUUCCAUUGGCUUUGGAAGUAAUUGGUUCCAACCUGUUUGCAAAAACUGUGGAACAGUGGAAAUCUGCUAUCAAUCAAUAUAAAAGAAUUCCUAACAGUCAAAUCCUUGAUAAACUUAAAGUAAGCUUUGAUGCUUUGGAGGAAGAGGAGAAGGGUGUUUUUCUUGACAUAGCUUGUUGCUUCAAGGGAUAUAUAUUAAGAGAUGUAGAAGAUAUUCUUGGAGCUAUUUAUGAUGACUGCAUGAAACAUCAUAUUAGUGUGUUGGUUGAUAAAUCUCUCAUAAAGAUUGGUCAGUGGAGUACAGUUGAAAUACACGACCUGAUUGAGGAGAUGGGUAGACAAAUUGACCAACAAGAAUCACCUGAAGGAUCAGGGAAGCGCAGGAGAUUAUGGUUACCUAAAGAUAUAACUGAAGUUUUAAAGGACAACACUGGAACUAGCAGGAUUGAGAUACUAUGUUUUCAUAUCUCCAUAUCUGAGAAAGAAGAAACACUAGAUUGGAAUAGAAAUGCCUUUGGAAAAAUGGAAAAGCUUAAAAUACUUAUCAUUAGAAAUGGUAAAUUUUGCAAAGGUCCCAAUUCUUUUCCAGAAAGUUUGAGAGUACUGGAAUGGCAUGGAUACCCUUCAAAUUGUUUACCAUCUAACUUUGAUCCGAGUAAACUUGUGACAUGCAAGUUACCUAACAGUCAUUUUACAUCAUUUGGAUUCCUUGGCUCCUCAAAGAAGUUAGAGAAUCUAACGGAAUUGAAUUUUGACAAUUGCCAACUUUUAACACGAAUGCCUGACGUAUCAGAUCUCCCAAAUUUGGAGAAACUCUCCUUUGAUCUAUGUAAGAGUUUAAUUGCAGUUGACGACUCAAUUGGUUUUCUGAACAAACUUAAAAUAUUGAAAGCUCGAGGUUGCACGAAGCUGAGGAGAUUUCCACCUCUCAACUUGCCCUCUCUUGAAAAACUUAAACUUUCAUAUUGUUCAAGUCUUGAGAAUUUUCCAGAAAUAUUAGGAAAUAUGGGAAAUAUUGAGAAACUUAAAUUGUCUCAACUUCCCAUGAUAAAAGAGUUGCCAGUUUCAUUUCAAAAUCUUACUGGACUCCAUCGGUUAUUCGUGGCAUGUGAUUUUAUUCGGUUAAAUAGCCUUGCCUUGACGCCUUCAUUGACUGAUUUUGAAGCUUAUGGAUGCAAGGAGUGGAAAUGGGUAAAUCCAAAAGAUGGUGAAGAAGUGGGCUCGACGGUAUCUUCAAAUAUACUUGAGUUCUCGUUAACGGCUUGCAACCUGAAUGAUGACUUUUUUUCAGCAGGUUUCACGCAGUUGGGCACAGUGAAAAAUUUAAACCUAUCGAGAAGUAAUAUCACAUUCCUUCCUGGGUGCAUCAAAGAAUUUCACUGCCUGAAUUAUCUCAAUGUGAAUAGAUGCAAGCGUCUACAGGAAAUUAGAGGGCUUCCACCAAACCUGAAACGUUUGAGGGCGAUAAAGUGUACAUCAUUGACUUCCUCGGCUUCAAGCAUGUUGUUAAAUCAGCAACUUCACGAGGCUGGAGAGACUGAUUUUAUCUUUCCAGGAGGAAGUAUUCCAAGGUGGUUGGAUAAAGAAAGCAGGGGACCUUCAAUUUCUUUCUGGUUUCGUAAUGAAUUCCCUCCCAAAGUUCUUUGUCUUCUUAUUGCACCUGAACCGGUUGAUAUCACUGUGGAAUUUAAUACACCCGUGGUGUUAAUCAACGGCAAAGUUCAAGAAUAUCGUUGGAAUAGUAUGGAGAGAGAAGUGAGGAUGCUGGAAUCUGAUCAUAUACACCUCUUUGAUCUACAUGUGUUACCGUUCCGUUAUAAACUGAUGGAAAUGUAUUCAGAAAAUGAGUGGAAGCAUGUGGAGAUUACAUACCAAGGUUUGAUUCAUACCUCACUCAUCAAAGGAAUGGGAAUCCAUGUAGUGAAAGAGGAAAGAAGAGGCAUGAAGGACAUUAGAUAUGAUGAUCCUUACACCACCAUAAAAAUGUGUAUAACUUCUCUUCCUUUCCUUUUUUGCUUUUACUUAGCUCUCAUUUUAUUUAGCUCUCAUGGCCUACUCAACCCAACUAUGACAACUCUAUUUGGGUUUAUGUUGUAUAAAAUAUAUUUGAAAUCAAUUGACAUUGGUUGAUCCAUUUGGAUUUCGUAAA